UGUUGAAUUAAAUAUUCUAAGAAAGUUUUGCAGUUUAUAGUACUUCAUUAUCUGACAUGAUGAGUGUGUUCUUGUUUAAUCGGUACUUUGGAUUUCGAGUUUUUAGUAAAUAGUUAAAUUUGAUGUUUACAUGGAGAGUUUUGUUACUUAAAAUUAAGAAUCUUUCCUUGUGAUUAAUCAAAAUGUGAGUUUUGUGAUUUCUAAUGAGGUUAUGUUAUUAUUGUUAUAGGUUAUGUAUGAUAAAGAUUUUUUUAAACUGAUUUAGCCAUAUAUUAAUGAACAUUUGUUAGUAAAUUUUGUUUAGUUAUGUUUGAGAGGUUGGGGUUUUUGGUGUGUAACUCUGAUAGCAGAUUGAGAGAUGCAGCAGGGAUGAUAUUUUAAUUUGGUUUAGUAUAAAGAUUGAAAGUUGAAAGUGUAAGAUCCCUGCAUGAGGAAAGCUUAGGUAUGUGUUUGAGGUCGGUGGAGAUGGGGACUAGGGAAUGACAAUUUUUGUGUUGGCACAAUGAUUUAUGCGUUGGGACAAAGGAGUUGAGUUUCAGGUGACUAGCGCAUGGGCAGCGAACACGUUGCAGGCGUACCGUCCCACGUUUGUAGGAUAGGAUGACAUGUAGUAUGCUAAAUAUAUUAAAUCACUAAUUUAAGCAAUCAUUGUAGCAAGUUGGCACCCUGCCUUCAGAUCUAAGGGAUAUUAAAGAUUAAAAUUUCAAAUAUCUCGUUCACGUUUCCAAUAGUCUGUGCACAUGCCCCCUUUCAUUAUCGAUAGCGUAUUAUAUUUGACAUUAACAUCUAAUAUCUAUCUAAUCUGUACAUUGUAUCUUUUAUUCAGCUUUUCUCUUCUACUGAUUUAUGAGUAAGAUUUAUUAAAUAAAAGAUGAAACUUAUAAAUUUUAUAAUUUUCAAUAAAUGUCAACCGAUAAUAAUAUGUUAAUGAGUGUGAUACUAGUAUUUGUUUACGUUUAUUGUAAAAAUGAUAUAAUUUGACAAAGCAAAAUCGAAUGUAAAAAAUAUAUUUUUAAGUGCAUGACAAGAAUAUUUCUUUAUGUACGCAAAGUGUUUGUAUCAUAUAUUAUUGCUCGGAGGUCAAAGGUCUGGAUAACCUAUGAACAUAAACCGACGUAAACUAUUCUAAUUAUAUUGGUUUGAAUUUUUUAAUGUGAAAUUAUUUUUUAAUGUGAAAAUUCGGCAUUUAAUUUUGUGUCUAAAAAUAAAAAAUAAACUUAUUUCUCUCUAUCUCUCACCAGCUACACCCUCAUUUAGUUUACAAGUAUGAGUAUUCAUGGAUCCAACUUAACUCAAUCCAAACAAUUUGGUUUGAGUUUUUAGAGUGUUUAAGUAAAACAUAACUAAUCCAAUCAAACUAUUUGUUCUUUGUUUUUUAGUGUGAAAAAUUUAAUCUAACCCAAUUCAUUAAACAAAUUUUAAAUAUUAAUUAUAUAUUUGUGUAUGUUACAAAAAGUUACACGUGACAUCAAGUUUACAUAUUCACAAAUCACUACUACAUCUUUAGAUGUAUAUUAGUUAAGGAAGGUUACAACCUCUAAAUGUAUCUGUGUGAGAGAAAAUCAAGUAAUAUAUCCAUAGGCUUUGUGGUUAUGUCACCUAGAACCGCAAAAAGCAUAGAAGAUGUUUAGGUGAUAAUGGAUAAGUUGAUUGAAUACGUUCUUUGUGCUCUAACUAACCUUAUGUAACUUUUAGAGAGGUUGACAAACCUCUGUUUACCUCUGUUUUAGUAAGAUACUUAGAAUUCAUGGUACAAGUACAUUGUUAAAAACUGAAAAUUAUUAAUUAUUGCUUUUAUCUUGAAGCUUAUGCCAACAACUAAGUACAAUCCCAUUUGGUGUGAUUCUUUUUGAACUUUAUUAAUAUGUAGAAUACAAUUAUGUUGGUUUUUGUCGCAUUGAAAUGAAUGAUUUGAACAUGAUUGCAGCUGUGCAUGCAUAUCAAAGUUGCUAAUUUGUGUUAAUGGACAGUCUUGGAAAAUGUUGUCUUUGACUACAAAUGGGGUUCGUAAUGCUUUGCUAAAUAUAAUGUAUAUUGAUAUUAAUUAAGAAGUUUGUAACGUAAGGACUCUGAAACUGUACGAUAAAUGGCCUACAGAAGUAGUUGUGAUAAAUUCUUACAUGGUAUGGCUCACAUAUUUAAGUUUAGUCUUUUUAUACCAGCAUAGAAGCUGAUGAAAUUAUAUGUUACGGAGUGGAACCUGCAAUUACAUAUAGUAAUUUGGGGCUACCUUCAGAAUAGUAUGGAGCAAUGGGAUGGGUGUUCCCUACGUGGGCAAGGACGCAUGCUCUUGACACGGGUGAAGCAGUCAACUUUCUAAAAGGUGCCAUUGUUACUGCUGACCGGAUAGUUACGGUAAGCAAGGGCUAUUCCUGGGAGAUAACAACCAGUGAAGGUGGAUGUAGUCUACAUGAAUUAUUAAGUAGUCGAAAAAGCGUUCUCAAUGGGAUCACAAAUGGAAUAGAUGUCACUGAAUGGGACCCUUCAUGUGAUAAACAUAUUGCUUGCAAUUAUUCUGCUGAUGACCUUUCUGGGAAGGCCGAAUGUAAGAUUUCUUUGCAGGAAGAAUUGGGUCUUCCAGUGAGGCUUGAUUGUCCGUUGGUAAGUUUGUUGUCUGCAAGGCAAAAUUCUUGCUCACUCAGGUCACUCUUUCUGUUAUUGACUAUUGCUAAAAGUUGUAGAUUGGAUUCAUUGGGAGACUGGACUACAGAAAGGCAUUGAUCUGAUUCGCUUGGCAAUGCCAGAGCUCAUGGAUAACCUAUGAACAUAAACCGACGUAAACUAACCUAAUUAUUUUGGUUUGAAUUUUUUAAUGUGAAAUUGUUUUUUAAUGUGAAAAUUGGGCCUUUAAUUUUGUGUCUAAAAAUAAAAAAGUAAACUUAUUUCUCCCGAUCUCUCACCAACUACAUUCUCAUUUAGGGAUGU